CUGCGAAACCCCAUUGCCCUCAUACUUGACUCCUACUCGAUACAAGAGCAGGAAAAAUACGGGACUUCAAUUAUAUUAAACGCGUACGAGCCAAUUUCAAAUCAAGAAAAAAUGAGCGCCUCUUCCGGUGUCACCGCGGACACGCUGAAACAGAAGCUGGCCCAAGAGCUCGAGGCUACUCAUGUCCAGGUUGACGAUCUGUCUGGCGGCUGCGGCCAAAUGUUUGACGCCGUCAUCGUCUCUCCCAAAUUCGCCGGUCAGCGUCUCCUCGGCCGCAACCGGACCGUCAACGGGGUUCUAAAGGCAGAGAUUGCCGCGAUCCACGCGUGGUCGGCCAAAUGUUUCACUCCAGAAGAGUGGGAAGCGAAGAAGACCGCUUAAACUGCAUUCCUCCCGCGCUCUCACAGCAGAGGAGUGCUCCAAAGCGACCAUGAGACAGACGAGUGCAACGGAAAAGUGUCAAGAUUGGCAGCAUUAUUAAGCAUGGUGUUAACGGCGUUGAAUGCAUUUAUUCCAUAGAUGGGGCAUAUCCCUCGUAUAGGACCGAUUAUUUCAUGGUCCAUACAUGAAUUAUCAUUACAUGACACUGUAUAUACGUUAUAUCGGAACUCUAUGCCGGAAAUACAAGG